AUGCGUCUUAUCCACAACAUGACGACCAUCGCGGAGUACGCAGCACCUGAAUCCUCUGUCCCCAACCGGGUCAUUAAGAUAGCUGUGAUAGGAGGCGGUGGAGUUGGAAAAACAGCGCUCGUCGUGAGAUUCUUAACCAGACGCUUUAUCGGAGACUAUGAGAGAAACGUAGGUAACCUCUACUCCAGAGAAGUCCAGGUGGAUGGAGAGCAAGUGACCAUCCAGGUUCAGGACACCCCCGGUGUUGAGAUAGCUGAUAACGGUAUCAGUCUACCUGACCAUGUGAGCUGCUCCAUCCAGUGGGCUGAUGCAGUCGUGCUGGUGUACUCUGUAACAGACCGCCGCAGCUUUGACCUCAUUGAUCAGUUGCACCAGCUGGUUGUCCGUACUGGUGGUGCCAAUAUGCCCCCGGUCAUCCUACUGGCCAACAAGGCAGACCUGUUGCACCUGAGGCGCGUCGACUCCCAGCAGGGGCCUUUGCUGGCGGGCACGCUGGGCUGCUCUUUCUAUGAAGUGUCUGCUAGUGAGGACUACAGCCAGGUGCAUGGGGCUUUCCAAAGGCUGUGCUGCCAACUGGCCAAGCAGCCGCCACCCGCCCCAAACUCCUCACACAACUCUGCCAGCGCUGCCACAGAGAAGAGGCGCUCGCCCCUCAUCCCAAGGCCCAAGUCUCCCAACAUGCAAGAUCUUAAGAGGCGUUUCAAGCAAGUGCUCUCAGCAAAAGUCAGGACUGUGACCUCGGUGUGA